UGGGAUUGUGAUCGGCUUAUGUUAUGUGAAGAAAUGUGCUCCGGCGCGCAGUACGCGGAGACACGUGGCCAGUACCAGAGUGCGAGGAGGACGGAGUGGUGGCCGCCGCCCAAUGGGGGAUGGGCGACGUUGAGCAAGCUGAGCGGUGUCGGGAUCGAGCGUGGGAUGGCUAACAAGGGCGACAACGGGUCGAGCGGUUGGGCGUGCCACGUGUCAAGUGCUGGUCCAGAGAUGGAAAGCUCUGGGGCCGGACGCGGAGGAUCGCUUCAGCCCAUGUCGGAUCAUCAUCUGUCGACGUCGGUGGCACCGACGCCGAUGUCGGAAUGGUGGAGGGUCGGGAUUCACCGAGCUUUUCCCCAGGCCGAGGCUGGUCCCGCUCUUGGCCACGACCAUGCCUCUUCUUCUUCUUCGUCGUCGUCGUCGUCUUCUUCUUCUUCUUCUUCUUCUUCUUGUCCGAAACGGGUUGGGGUCGAUGAACUGGUACUUCCUGCACCGUAUCCUCAGGGUUGGGUGCAGGAUCGGGAUCGGGAUCGGGAUAGGCAUGAUCAGCCGCGUAGAGUUGGGGAUCAGAAUACGCAUCCCGAUCUGCCUCGUCAGGAUCGGGAUCGGAACACCGGGUCGCCUAUCGUCAAAGAUCGGGUGGCGGCAGACGAGAUCGACACCGUGGGCCAAUUCCGUCGGUAUGGGGAUGAGGCAAAGAGAACUAACCGAAGCUGGUGGUGCGAGGGGGGAGGGAGGAGGGGCUUGAAGCCUGAUGAUGGUUUCGGGGCAUGGAAUGCUGGUACCAGCAUGAGCGAUUGUGGGCAACAGCAGCAGCAGGAAGACGACCAACCCGAAGUUACUGUAGUAGUCCUUGACGACUGGAGGCUAGAAAGGAGGAGGAAGAGGAGGAGGAGGAGCGAUUGGUGUUGGGAGGGAGGGGACUGGGAACGUGAAGAUGCUGUUCAGAAGGUCAGAGAGAGAGCGAGGAGAGUGGGAGAAGAAGAAGAGCUGGUCGGCGGUUAUAGAGAAGAUGCCGAUGGGCAAAAAAGAGUGGAGGAAAGGGGGGAAGAAAUCAUGGCAGGUGGUGUGCGUCGGCGCUCAACUGCCUCUCGCUUGCGCGAACCGUUCGAUCGUGGUAAUGACCAUGGUGGUCUGUCUCCCCGACCCCUUGCAGACCUCAAUCGCGCUGCCGACGGUCGCAAUCCGGACAUGAACUUGUCGUUAAGUGGCGAUUUGGCACGAUGUGGGACACGUGGCAGUUCGCGGGACGACGAUGGCGUAGCAGAAAUGCCUCGCAGUGACAAUUGGCGGGAAACCAGAGAUUACAGUGUUCGUUCCCGCGCUUUCUUCACGUCCAGCCUCCCGCCAACUGCUGGCGUUCUGUCUCCUCCUUGCCCUCCUUCGCGGGGAAAGGCGAUCAGGGAGGCGACGGGACUCAAAAAAAAUGUCACCUUCGCAAAUGAAGACCAGGAAAAGAUGGCUGGAGAGGAGGAGAGGAAGGAGGAGGAGGAGGAGGAGGAGGAGGGUAGAUCGAAGGAGUGGAGGGACAACGACGAAGGGCGGCGGCUCAGGAUGGAUCCCGCCCGGGGCAAAAGCCUCUUGACAGAUGGGAGGGAGAGAGAAAGAAUGACGGUGAAGGAGAGGAAGAGGAGGAGAGGUCGGACGGACGCGAUCCGCCAGUUGUCGAUGUCGAACCGGGGAGGGGGGAAACUUAGGGGGAGGGGAGAGAGGNGGGGGAGGGGAGAGAGGAGGAGGGGGGGGGGGGGGAGACCUGCGAUGACAGAGCGUCAAUGCUCUCAUUUUUGCUUUUUGACCGAGGCUGCCAGGUCUGGUAGCCGACCCAAUGCCUCCGCAGACGGAUCGGGAUCCGGAUGGCCAGCAUCCGCUGUUGGAUCCUGGCCCAUCUCACGCUGCACACCACGUGGCGAUGAUGGGAGUGUGCAGGUGAUGAAGUCGGUAAGGUCGGCGUACUCUGCCACGUGUCAAUCGGCUGGUGCCGCGGCGGAGCGCCGGCGUGGAGACGUGACUGCUCUCGAGGAAGGAGGUGGUACGACUGGGUGCAGAUACAGGAGCGGGACGAUGCACCGCACGUGCAAGGAGGAGGUGGAGGAAGACAAGGAGGAGGAGGGAGGGGGGGAGGGGGUGGUUGAGGAGGAGGAGGAGGAGGAAGAGGAGGAGGUUUGUGUGUCAAGCAGGCGAUGCUGUCCGCCUGCGGAGUCGUCGAAUCGGGAUCGUGAGCCGGAAAGGUGUGAGGACAAGGAAGGGAGAAAGGCAGGAGACGAUGAGAGAGGAAGAGGGACGAGAAUACGACAAAAGACAGGAGGGAGGGGAGGAUGUUGCGAUGGAAAGAGAGGUGGAGGAGGAGAAGGAGGAGGAGGCGGUGAGAUUGCAAAACUGGGGCUUUUGGGCAUAUGCAGCCGGGGGGGGGGAGGGGCAAAGGGGAACGAGAAAGUGAUGAAGAGAGUGAGGAGGAGGACAAGAAGAGGAAAGAGGAAGAAACGAGGGAGGAGACGAAAGGCGCUGCCCAGCGAUCCUCUGCCACCAAGUCUUUUGGACAAGGCGGGGGGUAAUGUGAAGAAGAGAGACCACGUGUCUUCUUCUUUCCCUGUUGCGGAUCACGUGGGACAAGUGACAAGCAGCCGUGUCUGGUGUUUAUAUGCUGACGUGGAGCGCUCGACGAUAUCCGGUGAGUCUGUGCCAAGAGGGCAAGAAGGAGGAAGAGGACACACUUGCCCGCCGUGUUCAAGAGAGGAGGAGGGGAGGAAAAGACCACCACAACUACGCGAUAACUGGAUGCAGGCCAUUGGCUUCAUGUGCAGCAACAACAACCAUCUUCACUCGACCCAACAACAACAUAACGGUCCCCAGCGUAACGGUGACCAGCAUAACGGUCAGGAGUCUGAAAGCCUUCGACUCAUCGAUCAGGAAGACGGUGAAACGCAUGGAUCCCGAAGUCGCCAUUGCUUAGUCGUCGUUGGUCGACGCAAUGACGAUGUGAUUCACCUGAACCGUGAAAGUAUGGGGGGGUUUAUCUACGACACUGACAAAGGUCAAGACGGCUGCGAAAGCGCUCGGUGGGGGGAGAAGAGGUAUUGCAGCAGUGACCGAUCGGGGGGGGGGAUCCCAACGGGUGGGGCCGGGAUCCCAAUGGGUGGGGCCGUGGACUUGGCGUUCUCGGAGUUGCCGAGACAGGACUGCGAAAGGCACAAUAACUGGACGUCGGGAUCCCGUUGUUGUCUUCCUGGGGGCCCCGAGACUGCAGUGCAGACUAAUAACGAGGAUCGUGAUCGCCGGGAUCGGAAGAUGAUCAUCAUCGCGCCGCCGGACGUUGUGGACACGUCGGAGGACAACCGACGGAACUGGCAAGGUCUACAUGGCGAUUACCAACGUCAUUAUCAUCAUCAUCAGCAGCAGCAGCAUCAUCGUCAUCGUCAUCGUCAUCCUUCUGGUGAUCAACAACACUAUCAUCGUGAACAUCAUGGAUAUCAUCGUGAUCAGCAUCCUUUUAAUCGUCGCCGUCAGGCCAUUUAUCAUCAUGAUAACAUUGGAAAGCACGUUGUUCAUCAUCAUCAUUAUGAUGGCACGGCCAGUCAGGCCAUUCAUCAUGAUGGCGCUGGUAAUCAGUCCAGCCACAAUGAUGGGAAUGGCAAACGGGCCCAUCAUCCAGAUCGCAUCUGGGGGAAAGAACCGACGGCGGGAGCAGAAGGCUGCGGCAAGCGGGCAGAUCUGGGGGGGAACACGGCGGCGGCGAGACGUUGCUCCUGGUCGGAUAUACGGCUAAUGGAGGAGCUGGGACAUAGCGACGGAAGGGGAGGAGAAGGAAGGGGAGAGGGAGAGGGAGAGGGAGAGGGAGGACGCGUUGGGAUCCUUUGCGAUGACCGGCACGAAGCGGCGGAUUCACGAGCCACUACUCUACUCUCGGCUUGCACAGGUGGCGCCCUGGAACAUCACGGCAGCAGCUUGCGGGAACAUCGUCCUCGACAAGCAGUCGAUGAGAGUCCGGAUCUCGACUCGGGUGGAUCUGGGCGCUGGAGACGAAGGCGCUAUGAUGCGCAAACGACAGCUUCUGGCGAGCAAGUUUGCCAGCAGCAGCUCGCACGCUGUCGGGAUCCCGACUCUGGGUCUGGCAACUCCGCCUCGCUGAUGUUCACCGGCGGAGGUGGCCGACGUGUCAGUCGUGUGUACAAACUUUCCCACGGCCCCGCUGGUACUGACACGUCAGAGGCUCAUCAAACCAUCGCUGGCAUGAUGGACUCGUCGAUGGGGACUGCGGUUACUACUACGAGCAGCAGUCCUGCGGCGGAAAGCCUUAAUCAGGGCUUCCGACUCGGUCCUGAUUGGAUUUCUCACGGCCAAGGAAAGAAAGACAAUUGGACUGUUGCACUGCCAGCUGAUGUCAAACACAACGAAUCGGAUUCGAUUAAGAGAUUCCGUAGUGAGGUUGCAGCCGUCGAUUACGAUGCGAUUAGGGGCUUGCACGAUGAGUCUAUCUGCUGUGUCGAUCGAUGCGAUUUGUCCGAAUGGGAGAAGAAGAGAGUAGGGACCCCGGUGAGGGGCGACGAUGGCAUUGAGGUUGAAGAGGUCGGCAUUCAACAACAUCAACUCCCAUGUCUGAUGCCUGCUGAUUCUGGCCCAAUCAACGCCCUCAGUUCUGCCACGUGUCCAGACGGAAAAGUGGUCAAUCGUACGACCUCGACCGGUUGCAGAGUCGAGGAUUACGAGGAGCUCGUCGAGCUACCGGUAGCAGGAGCAUCGGAUGGCGGCGGCUUGUUGGCAAAAGCAGGAGCGGCAGUCCCGACUGCCGUCGAAGCUGCUCGAGAUUCACUCUGGUUACCUUCUGCCGGUAUCCCGGCUGGGAUCGGGACGAAUAUUCCCGUGAAUAACAACGAUAAUCAUGUCCUGGCAAGGGGGUGGAAUAACGGGGUGCGCGCUCUUUCUGCGGCGGCUGUGCACUGUCACGCCGCCGUUGCCGCCGAGCCCUGCCGACUGCAGACGAAGGCGAUUCAAGAUCCCGACUGUCACAGAAGAGAUCGUUCUCUGUCAAAAGAUGCUGCUACUGCGAAUUCCCACCUGAUCCCGAUCGGAGUUGGGAAAAAACAGAAAAUGCACAAGGGAGGAGGAGGAGGAGGAGGAGGAGGAGAAGAAGGUGGCAGUGGUGGUGUAAUGGUUAGCAAGAAGCGGCGGAAGACCGCCGGGCCUUUCAGCCGCUUCUUGCCGUCGUCUGUCAAAGAUCCUUUCGACAAUUGUAUCCGUAGGAAAGGGGGCGGUGUGGUGGUCCAUGAUAGGUCGGGACAGUUGACCGUCGCGGCGGCAUUUGUUUGCCCUCGCGGGACUGGUUCCGCCGGCGAAGGUGCGGGUGAAAGCCGAGCAGCGGCGGAGCGGAUGAGCGGAAGACCGGCGGAGGAGCGGCGGCGGAAUAGCGGAAGAUGGGCCGAGCAGCGGAGGAGUCGCGGAGCGCAUGAGCGGUCGACCGGAAUAGCGGGGGGGCCACCGAACGAACGAGCGGAAGAGCGGGGGAAGAGUGGUCGGAAAGCGGAUAAGCGGGGAAAGCGUUGUCGGAACUCCGGAGAGCGGCGGCGGAACAGCGGAGAUUCUGAAGAAGAAGACGAGUCAGAUGGCAAAGCAAGCGGAGCGUGUGUCGUGGAUCCGCCGGGCGGGGGUGUACAUGGAGCCCUCGAGCGUGGGCAAGAGCGGCUGGAGGAGGAGGAGGAGGAGGGAACCAGCGAGAGGAGAGAAUGGAAGAGAGCCUGCAUCGAAGGACGCCGGCACACAAACCUUAGCGUUGUUAGUAAGUCAGACCGCGGCAGCGGAGUGUGCAAGGAUGACGAUCUGCAAACAGUUUGUCCGCAAACAGAGUCGCAAAAUAUUCUUCUCGAUCGGUCGAACCAGGGAUCCAGCUCAAGGCCAAUGGGCAAAAGAGUGAACGACGCGGAGGGCGAGAAGACUGUUUGUAGGAGGGGAGCUUCGACUUCGGUUAAGUACCCUGAAACAGGCAACAGCAGAGGGAACUUCAUCGGACGGCACAGCGCAGAUCUGCACGAAGGACGUGCUUGGAUGCUAGACCCACCGAGAGGACAUGCACCCGUCCACGUGCACUGCACAUUAGAGAGAGGACAACCUGGACAAGUGAAAGAGAUGACGGAGGGAGAGGAGAGACAAGACCAAUACGACGAAAAAGACGACGACGACGACGACGACGACGACGAAGAAGAAGAAGAAGAAGGUGAUCGAAAUGGAGCUGACCCGACGAGAGCGGGUGCAUCCAUACACGUGCAUUGCACUUUAGAGAGAGGAGUAGUGAAAGAAACGGCGCGGGGAGAGGACAGACCAGAACAAGACGACAAAGAAGAAGACAAAGAAAAAGCAAGAGAAGGAGAAGGCGAAGGUGAUGGAAGUGGAGAUCCGUUCUUGUACGAUCGUGCACCGGUACACGUGCAUUGCACUUUAGAGAGAGGCCGAGUAAACAAAACGGCGUGGAGAAAGGAGAGACGAGAAGAAGAAGAAGAAGAAGAAGACGAAAAAGAAGAAGACAAAGAGAAAGAAGGAGAAGGAGAAGGAGAAGAGAAUAGAAGUGGAGAUCCGUUUUUGUGCGAUCGAGCAAACGACGGUACGAGUCAGUUGAGCGAAAGAUCUGUUCCCUCUGUUCCCCGUGGAAGAGGGCUUUCGGAGACUACUCAGCGUCAAUCGUCAAUCUUUAGGACAGGCGUUAUUCGUCAAAGGAGGUUGUGGAUCGAUCUGAACCGUCCAAGUUUGGACCAGGAAGAUGAAGUUUUUCAAGGCUUGACUUUGCGGGACGAUGUCCAAGCUGUGUUGAGUAAUACGAGGAAGGACACGGUGAUGCAAGCGGCUAUGGCGGUCGGCGAUCAUAGGAUGUCGGCAACAAGUUCUGCGCAAGUGCGCCAGGAACCCCCCGAGUUCCGUCCAAGAUCAUUUCUUGUUGACGUUUCGGAUCCCUUGUCGCAUGAACAGGAAGUCCCGUGCGAGAAGUACUCCUAUGGCGCAGGGUGUCCUACUGGACCACCGGAUGGUGUUGACGUCAACUUAAUGAUGCCGAGCAACUCCGGUCAUUGCGUAGUACCUGUUGGGAAUUCGAAGGGUCAGAUGGUGACAGGUGAGCUGGAGGGUUCUCCUCAGGUGGUAACAGGUCAACUGGCGGAAGAUCGAUCGAGCCGCAGGGGAGGCUGGCUUGAGGAAGAAGGCGACUGCAGCUGCUUGGCAUUAGCAGGCACCCACAAGGGCGACUUGCCACCCUGCCCCACGUGCUCUUCUCCCAUGAGGAUUAUCCCCGCAGGGCGAAAUCUGUCUGUUAGGGCUGUGCCUGAGCUGGGAUUGGACGGAGAAUCGCAGUUGUUCGUUCCGCCCUCCGGGACUGUGAAAAUCUCAAACGUGCGUGGGUUGAUGGACGUGCUGCAACAGCCUUUGACUCCCUCGCUGCCUGGGACGAAGCAGCUGCGUAGUGAUGCUCAAGAAGACGCCGGUAUCUGUGCCGAGGGGGUGAAAGUCACACAAUUCGCCGAAGAGGCAGUUCAGGGGCCGGAUCUGGAAUCUGUACUGUCAGGAACGUUCAGAGCAAUUGCAUUGCCAGCAGCAGGAGUAAUUACACAAGAGGAAGACGCGGAAUACGAAAGGGAGCAGGAGACGGGGAUGGACAGGCAGAGGGGGAGCUUGGAUGUGUUGCGAGAGAGGGUGGACAGGCGGUGGCGGCGGCUGCAACAGAGCACGGUGUCAGAAGAAAAUGAAACCCCGAAAGAACGCGCUACGGUGGAGGGAAAAAGUGACUUUGGAAAAGACGAUGGCGAGAACUGGUCGAGCGACUCGGAGGAGAAAGGGGCGGAGUAUAUUGAGGUGAACAGGAAGAGGCUGAGCUUGGAUUUAGCGCGGGAGGAGAUGGAGAGGAGACAUCAGCAAGGUCCAGUGCCAGACGACAGCGAAUCUCCGAAAGAACGGGCUAUGGCGGAGGAGGAAGCUCAGAGUGAUUCCGGUGAAGACGAUUUCGAGGAGGGGUGCAGCGAUUCGGAAGGGAGCUCUUGGUCUGCAAUGGCAAGGAUGAAGACUCGAGUAGUGAAAACUCAUCGUAAAAAGAGGGCUGUGAAGGAGCUCUACCAUGAAGCCCCCGUAUUAGUUGCCUGUAGGAAAGGCAAGGAAGAAAGGAAGCAGCCAAGGACGCUACCUUAUGCAAAGAGGACCCCAGGCCGAGAGGGAGUAAUGGUCUCUAAGAAUCCCCUGGAGAGUGGCACUGAGCGCCCUAAGGGUUUUAUCCCCUGUGUGACAAAGGAGAAAGAGAAUGAGAAAGGAAAAGAUAAGCAGGGAGACCCGAAGCAAGGAAAAGAAAAGCAGGGAUGCUUAAAGCCUGUCUCCUUUGCGAAGAAAAAAACAGGUCAAGAAGGACGGACGCAGCCCAGGAAUCCUCUGGAGCAGAAGUGCGUGUCGACGAUGCAAUCUAAUGACGGCCAAAAGCAGUCGCUGGCUGAGGCCAGCAGUCCAUGGAUGCGGUCCUCCUCCCCCAAACUUCCUGUGUCCCAGGCUGCGCAGCAGGCCUCCCACGGUCAGAGAAAAAGACCUCUGGUCCUGGGCACGGUAGGCACCGACAGCAAUGAGAAAGACGGGCACGGUGAUGGGGGUAAGAAGCUCAGAAUGAAUGCGAGCAAGGUGAAAGAGACCUCAGCGAAAGCUGGGGUUCAGAAAGAUGCCGUUUUGCGGGUUACAGGAGUGGCAGGUGUGAAGCCUGAGCAUUCGGAGCUCAUGUACAAACUGAAAGAGCAGGAAGGGAGAGCUUCCUCCCAGUGCACUGGCAAGCUGCUUCCUCCCUUGCUGUUUCCCCACCUCAUCGCCCUCCUCGUCAUGGUUGCUGUCAGCAUCAUCGUUGCCGUCAUUGCUCUUAGCAUUUUUGCUGUUAUCGCCUUCGGUUGGACGGAAGCUGGUGACCGACCUCGUUAUGAAGGGCAGUGGUCUUUGCCUCUCGGUUUUCUUGCGAACAACGGCAGGCGACCUGUUCCAGUGGUUGCUGGAGCUUCUCGUCAGUGGCGGAAAGGAGAGAACUGCUUAGAAUGGGCCCUCGUCGCAAGCUUGUUUGGCGUGGUGGUGAGUCCUCCACGUUCAAAUGUCAUCAGCAGGCAACCUGUUCCAGUGGUUGCUGUGGGCCGAUGGGAGGGAGCUCUCGUCGGUGGGGGGAAGGAAAUAACCUCUUAGAAUGAGCCUUCUUUGCAUAGUCAUUUGGCAUGGUGGCCAUUCCUCGAAGUCUACCCAGUUUAUAUGCCGUGGCCUCCGUCUUCCUCAUGAAAGGCUGCCCAGUCGAAGAAGAUCUACGGAGAGUAAGCGACAGCGAUGCUGUCUAGCAGCUGUCCUCUGAGGUACAACAUCACAAUUUCACUGUAAAGUUACCGUGGUACAUGUUAGUGUAGGUAAGACUGUAGAGUACUAUUCACUGUAGGACAACCAAACUGUACUUAGUUACGAGAGAAACUGAGUGGUUUCAUUGCUGUCCAAGGCAUGAAAACUUGGAUGAUUUUACCAUACUGUAAGUACCCCCCUAGAUUGGCACGAGUGUUGAGUGUUUAUUCAGGGAUAAGCGUGAGAUGCAACAGCCCAUUUAUGCAGCUUUCAUAGA